UAGCUGAGGGUCCGGAGUGCUGGAGACAGGCAGAGCCCCCAGCAUGAUCAGUCAGGAGAAGAUGAAGUCCCAAUGGAACUGAUGCAGAUUUUGGAUCCAGGCACCAGAGCACUUACUUGACUGUGGCUGCACAGGGGAUGUUGGAACAAUGCUGAGGCCUCUGCUGAUCCCCUUGACAUACUUCUGUCUUCAAACCUGGCUGGAAAUCCCUCAGGCACAAUGCCAGGUGGAGCUGAGCAUGAUGGAUGACGCUUUUGAUGACCAGUAUAUAGGAUGUGCUGAAAAAAUGGAUGGAAUUGCACCUAAACUGCUAGAGGAAGAAAAGUCCAUGUCCUCAAUGUUUAGCACAGUGUGGGAAAACUCAGGGGAAAAAUGGCAAAGUAUAAAACCUGAGCUUUCUCUCCCCAAAGACUUUAAAGAUGAGCAUGGAAGAGCCAUAGUAGCCUAUACUGAUAAUGACUUUCACAGUGAAUUGAAUAAGGCAGUGAGAGGGAAUGGGACAUCUCGAGCUCAUUACAUGGCCAAUUUCCAGUUCAAAGCCUUUCAUUAUUACUUGACAAGAGCUUUACAGCUCUUACGAGGGAGGUGUGAUGUGAUGUACAAAAGGACAGUGUACCAGGGGGUUAAUGUCAUUUUUCAGCACACGGGAUCAGGUCUCAUUAGGUUUGGAUACUUCGCCUCUUCGUCUUUUGAUAUAGAAGUAGCUAAGGAAUUUGCCACAGGCACAUUGUUCACCAUCCACACGUGCUUUGGUGUUGAGAUCAGGAAUUUCUCACACAUUCAGGAGGAGGAAGAAGUGUUAAUCCCAGUCCAUGAGAUAUUCAGUGUGUCCCAAGGACAAGGGAGUAACAGCUUUGACCUCCGGAGCACAAACCGGACCUGCAGCCAUUUUAACUGUGCAUACCUGGGCGGUGAGUACUGGGCUGAACACGAGAAAUAUUUGUUUGGGGCUAUUUGCUGUGGAGAAUUUGAAAACCCCACUUCAGGGAGAGCUGAUGAGAGGGACGCUGACAUGGGGACUUGCCACCAGGGCUGGGGGAGACCGACUGCCACGACUCUUGCUGCUAGAGAGGGCUUGGGCUGUGGUGGGUGGACACUGGGUCCCAAGCGCUCACUGAGGAAAGUAGGUGCCUAGACAUCAUGGCAAUGGGAGCACUAGAAAGACAGGUGAAGGCCCCAAACCACUGCAAGUCUUCAACACAUCCCUUACAGAGUCCACAAGAGCCCUGGCAGAGUAGCUGUGGCUCCUCAGACACGGCACAGCAAAUCCACAGGCUGUGGGAAAGGGAGCAGUGGGGUGGCCUCGUGUGCAGAUGGCACAUUAUUUGGGGCAGUCAGGACUAGGGACGACAGUGAGGAACUUCAGAGAGAUCUAAUCAAGUUGGGUGAAUGGGCAACUCAACAUCAGGUGGAAUUUACUGACACACAUUCCAGGUAACGCACAUUGCAAGGAAUAAUUUCACUGGAUCGUUAAUGAGCUGUGUAGCAAUGCAGGACUCACCACUGCGGCACCUCCUGCUGGUCUCUCGGGAAUUAGCUCUUCUCCAGCCGUCAGAGCGUUCUCUGCAGCCCACUGUUCCGCUGCCGCUUGGCCCCCGUGUCCCCCCCAGACUUGGUGCCCCGUUAUCUGGGGUGCUGCCCCCUGGCUAUACACCCCUCAGUCUUGGGGUCUCCCCUCCCCAGGGUUCCCCCACCCCCUGUCCUCACCUUGCCUCAGUCAUAGGCUACUGCCAGUCACCAAGUCACCCCUGCACCCUGAGGCAAACUGCAGUAUAAUCCACUCAUCACAGGCAAGGGGGUUUUGGACCUGCUGCAACCCAGUGCCUCUGUGGGGUCUUGGACAAGGUCCUGCAGCCUGGGGAGUUACCAGCCUGGAGCUCUCCAGCCCUGCCUCACUCUAGGCACACUGAGCUUCCCAGCAGCCAGGCCACUCUCUCUCUGAACUCAGAGAGAGACUGUCUGUGCUCCUGGCUCACAAGCUCUUAUAUAGGGUCAGCUGAGGCCUGAUUGGGGCAUGGCCCAGCUGCAGCUGCUUCCCCAAUCAGCCUAGAAGCUGCUCGCCCGCAACAGCCCUCUCCCAGGGCCGUCUUAAGCCUUUCAGCGCAGGAGCAGAUGACCACCCCACUACAAGCUGUAUCAACUCAGAAGGAAACCUGGCCAUCAUUGUGGAGAGUUCAGUGCAAAUCUCAGUGAAAAUCUCUGUUCAAUGUGCUGCAAAGUCUAUAAAGCAAACAAAACGUUACCAUGCUUUGGGAAUGAUGGGCUGGAGAAUAAUGUGGAGACAUAACUAAGGGUAGGUCUAUACUUACCGCGGGGUCGACGCGGAGAGUUCGACUUCUCGGAGUUCGAAAUAUCGCGUCUAAUCAAGACGCGAUAGU